AUGGAAGCUCUAGUAAAGAGUGCCAUACAGCAAUUUUGUGAAGAAAAUAACCUCUUGCAGGAUUUUCAGCAUGGCUUCCAGAGAGGACGUUCCUGCCUCUCAAAUCUGCCAGCGUGUCUGGAGAUCUGGAUUAGGGCCAUAGAAGAGGGUUUUCAAGUUGAUGUCGUGUACAUCGAUUUUCGCAAAGCCUUUGAUACUGUUGCGCACCAACGCCUUCUUCACAAAUUGAGCGCCAUCGGCAUCCGGGGAGAUCUUCUGAACUGGAUAGGGGCGUUUCUGGUUGGUCGGAAACAACGUGUUUGCCUCGGUGAUGAUAUGUCAGAAUGGGUGAGAGUGACCAGUGGUGUGCCGCAAGGCUCAGUUCUGGGACCAUUGUUAUUCCUCCUUUAUGUUAAUGACAGCCUUCAGGAACUCGACUGUGGCAAAAUAAUGUUUGCUGACGACGUUAAGCUCUGGCAAGUCAUUAAGAGUCCUAACGACCAGAGAUCUCUCCAAAACAAUCUUCAUCGACUGCAAGCAUGGUCGGAGAAAUGGCUUCUAGACUUCAAUGUGCAGAAAUGUGCCGUCCUCCAUCUGCGUCCAACUAACACUCAUUCAAAUGAGAGCCUGAGGGCAUAUCGUCUGAAAGAUAUAAGACUCCCAGCAGAAUCUUCACAGAAGGAUCUCGGGGUUUGGAUGCAGAACAAUCUGAAACCAACACUGCAGUGCCACAAGGCUGCAAAAAACGCCAUGGGAGUGCUGCAUGCAAUCAAAAGGGCGUUCGUUACCUUUGACCAAGACCUUUUUGGGAGAGUUUACGGCACCUUCGUUCGGCCCCACUUAGAAUAUGGCGUACAAGCAUGGCGGCCAUGGCUAGUAAAGGACCAAGCACGCCCCGAACGGGUGCAACAUAGGGCAACAAAGAUGGUAAACGGUCUAAAAAACCAAUCCUACACGGACAGACUGAAUUGCCUUAAUGUUUUCCCUCUGCGUUACAGGCAGCAAAGAGGUGAUCUAAUCCUGGUUUACAAGAUAACAAAUGGCCUUGAGCAUGGACUUAGAUUUGAGGACAUGUUUCAGUGGCACCUUUCACCCAAUCUUCGUGGCCACUCGAUGAAGCUACGGACAACAAUGUCCAGGCUGAACCUUCGUUCUGAAUUUUUCACGCAAAGGGUAGUGGAGAAAUGGAACGAUCUCCCUCAGUCAGUCGUGGAGGCGACAUCCCUGCAACUCUUCAAGAAACGCUUGGAUGAUUAUUUGUGUCCCCUGCUUUCCCUCGACAGUCUGAAUCUGAGCUAA